GCUCUGUGUUACUCUGUUAUCACCAUAAGUUUCUCCUUCCGUUGCAUCAAAUUUGGAUAUCUCAAGCGGCCUAUUUCUUCUAUUUCUUUCACGAUGUUGGUUUCUCCUAGAUACCCAGCAGUGCAAAGCUCUUUUUCGACCAACCAUUCCGAGCCAGAACAUGGGCAAUACCGGCCAGCCAAGGACUUGGAGGCUUUCAAUAGUUUAUUGCCACCACCAGUUGAAUUCGUAGAGGGUUCUUCUUCGGGGAAUUUGGUUGUGCCAGAGGGUAAAUAUGAACCUAUCAAUGCGAUAACAACACCUUCGCGCUCGAAAGCGCCAGUGGAGGUUCCUCCUAUAGCUUUUAAUGCAACCUCAUCCAGCCCGGCAAUAUCAAACGGCCAUUCCAACACCUCUAUAUCCACACCGACUAAGACACCGAUGAAAACACCAGUCAAAACGAUAGCGUCGCUGUACCAGGGAGACGUUGAGCUUUCAUGGCCAAAGAUGUGGACUUUGGGCGCUGGCUUGUUUAAUACCGGCAACACAUGUUUCCUGAACAGCGCCCUCCAAUGUCUGCUACACACUCCCCCUCUUCUUCACAUAGUGUCCACGCAUCGAGACUGCAAACCCGCCGUAUUCUGUAUGACAUGUCAGCUUCGCAAGCUCGCGGGACGCUCCUUUCAGAAACGAGCACCUUUCUCGCCAGAUAUGAUAACCAGCAAGCUACAAAUUAUUGCCAAACAAAUGCGUAGAGGAAGACAGGAGGACUCGCAUGAAUUCCUGAGAUAUGCUAUUGAUGCUAUGCAGAAGUCGUGUUUAACCGGUCAUCCAACCAAACUCGAACACAAGCUCACUGAAACUACAUGGGUGCAUAAGAUUUUCGGAGGGCGGCUACGAUCUCGUGUGACAUGUCGUGACUGUGGCUCUAAUAGCGAUACAUUCGACAGUAUCCUCGACCUGAGCCUCGAUAUUCACCGUGCACAACACCUGAACAUUGCUUUGCACAAAUUUGUGGCGACGGAUUAUCUGAAAGGGGCGGACAAGUACAAAUGUGAAAGAUGUAAAAAGCAUGUCAAUGCAGAGAAACGCUUUACUAUACAUGACGCUCCAGUAGUCUUGACGGUUCACUUGAAGCGAUUCUCUCCGAUCGGACACAAGAUCGGCCACGGCGUCGAGUAUGACGAGCACCUUAACCUCGAUCCCUUCAUGAGUGAGGGCCAGUAUGGUCCGCGUUACACGCUCUAUGGGGUAAUAUGUCAUGCUGGCGGUGGUCCCAACUCAGGGCAUUAUUACGCUUUCGUAAAGAGUCGAGAGAACAAGUGGUUUGAAAUGAACGAUGAGUCCGUGACUCCUCUGGGCUCACCACCAAUUCGGAUGAAGAACGCCUACAUGCUUUUCUAUUUGAAGGACAAGGGGCAGAAACUCGAAAUGAUCAACUUCUCGUCGACACAUCGACCGAAAUCCGGCGUUGUUGCCGCGAUGAAGAAGAAACGGACACGCGAAGAAGAAGAGGAAGAAGACCGAGGAGAAAAGGUCACAAAACCAUUUAUUGGUCCACUUUUACCAAGUCCGAUUAUCAAUGCCAGGAGUCCUUCAGAGUCCAAGCGACCGAGACUGGACAACGAUGACCCGCAGGCUACCAAAUUGAAGAACAAGAUCCAGGAACUUCAAGUGUCCUCAAAUACAGCCCUCUCCGAAUUGGCCGAUUAUGCGUCUGAUGAAGAUGCUAAAUCUCCGAAAGCCGAUAACUCCAAUCCGAGUGGAGUAAUCCGCACCCCAGCUUCUUCAACACCCGCACCCUCAGCAAACUCCUCUGCCAUCCCCCCUGCAGCCUUUUAUGGUACUCCCGCAGGCGUUAAAAAACGAAACGGUCUCGGUCCUGCAACCGCGAACCAUCAUUCCACUUGGAAGAAAAACGGAUAUAAUCCUUACAGUAGAUUUGGAGGAAAGAAGAAUAAAGGGGCCGCAAGGGGUCUUUAGGAUUGACUGUCUCUUAUUUUUGAUGGACAUGGUCGCGCAUAACUUAUCUGACCCUUUAUACCAUUCGGUCGCGCAUGUCGAGAAACACUAUACUGAACUUCUGUUCUGGCAGUCAAUUACCGGAAGGUCGAUCUCGCAGAUGUUUGUCCCGAACGCUCAGGUCCUCUUUUCGAACUUCAACGUCCUUUGUGCCAUCUAUUCAGACUGUUGACGUUGACUGUAGAGCAAUCCCUACUAUCAAAUGAUUCUAGCUUCCCUUUCCCGAUUCGAAAACUCAUAAGGCGCACAACGUACAUGUGAAUAGGUCAAGAUAUGAUCACAGCUGAGAAAGUUCGUGCUCCUCGUGUAUCUUUAUUGUUCCGCGUGCGAGGCCUUCUACGGUUUCUGAAU